AUAAAAUCGUCAGGAAUGAUGGAACACAAGAUUGAUUUUCAAGAACUCCUGGCCAAACUGGUUAUCUCAGAGCCAACCGAUCCUAUUAUAAAGUGUAUUAUUAAUGAUAAUCUGGAGAGGCUGAAGAAAUUGAUUAGAGGCAAGGACAUCAAUGCGUUGUACCCUUGUGUUGAGUUAAAAGAUGAAGUAACCCCUUUAAUUGCUGCUGUUGCAUUUGCAAAUCAGGAGAUUUGUACAUUUCUUCUGGGAAAAGGUGCUAACCCCAACAAACCAUCAAAGAUAUCUUUAGCACCACUGCAUUAUGCUGGACUUCACAAAGUUCCAGUUAAUAUAGUGACAACAUUACUGGAAGCAAAGGCAGAUCCAAAUGGUCUAGUAGAACAACCGUUCUCUCCGGUUCAAUUAGCACAUGAGAGAGAGGAUAUUGUAAAAGAGCUGCUCAAAUCUGGAGCGUUAAUGUGGCUAAAUCAUGGCGUCUAUCCUGCAAUUGAUCUGAACUUGGCCACAAUAAUUGAAAACUUUGCUAAAGAGAGUGAGUUCUUUUCCAAAAUCAAGCUUUUUUAAAAUGUUGUACAAGCAAUAAAACAAACAUCCCCGACAGAUGUUUUCCAACUCUACGGACUUCACUUACUAGAGGAGAACCCCCAAACCCACCUCACUAUGAUUGACAUGUGCUUUAACAUUGAAGGUCCAAAUGAAGACGAAUACUUCCAGAAAGCCAUUAAAUGGUUGAACGACUCCAAUAAACUAGUUUCCUAUGUUGAAGAUGUAGGCAGACGUCUGUCUACAAUUCCUCAGAAAUUUAGGGCAGGUGCAUUGAAAUCCUUAUAUAGAAUUGUUUGCGCCAUGAAGGAAAUACCUAAUGAGGUGUCACUUGCCCUAAUUCCUGAGUUAGUGAAACUGCUUUCCUGUAAAACAGAAGAUUAUCUUGUGCCAUUGAUCGUUGUUACACUCUACGGCAUCACACAGAAGACAAAAAACAAGGAUCGUUGGAGCAAGUCUGACCUUGAGAAAAUAUGCAAGCACAUUGUCCCAUGCACACAGAGGGAGGCUUAUCCCUCUGAAUUGAAGAUUUAUGCCUAUGCCUUGCUAGCAGAUCUUUACACAUUUAGUUGUGUUCCUGGUUACAUCAUCUGUCUGGGACUGACUCCGGUACCUGAAGAACUACUUAGCUGGGGAAGGGAUGAAAACCUGAAAGAAAAACUGAGAGAUCUAAACAAGUCCUUAAACAGACAAUAUUCAGUCUCCAACUCAGCAAGUGAAGAUUCAAAAGACAGUAAUUUGUCAGAAACCAAGAAGAAGAAGAAGAAGAAGAAGAAGAAGAAGAAGAGGGGAGAGGCAGAAAACCAAGACACACCAAAAGAAGAGACAGGCACACAAGAAAAUAAUACAUGUUUAGCCUUCAAUACUUCAUAUACUCCUGUUGAGGAAUCUGGCCUUGCUGGAAGUUCAAGUGUGGAGCCGUUCCACCCCACCACUGACACGCCACCAUUACAGCGCAAAUGGCACAAAGUCAGCAAGCGGUGGGAGACACAGUUAGAGAAGCUUGCCAACAUGGAUGAAAGUAAAGUUUAUAGGGUAGGAAACCUCACUAUUGUAGAUGAUUCAGAAUUCUACAUAGCAAAGGGAAGUGAUGGAACUGAGGUCUUCUUGGGCCUGAGGGAUGAUGGCACUGAAGUAGCCAUAAAGAGAAUGAUCAGGUCCAACUAUCAAGUUCUCAAGAAUGAGGAGGAAUUCUUACGUCUUCCUAAACUUGAUAAUCCAUACACUGUAAGAUAUGUUGACUUUGCAGAGGAUACAAUCUUUGGCUACCUUGUUCUUCAGCUCUGCGAAUACACCUUGGAUGAAUACAUCAAACACCACUUACCAAAGGACAACCCUCAUGUUCUGAAGGAAAUUGUACAUGACAUUCUCUCUAGUCUAGGAGUGCUUCACAGUAAAGACACCAACAUACUCCACAGAGAUAUCAAACCCCAGAAUGUUUUGAUAGGUAAGACCACAUUUUAUUAUGUCUUGACUUAAUCUACUGUUUGCAGAGACAGCAGAAGACACAAACCAAUGAGCAACAGUCAGGGAGUAAUGGGAAAAGCAUUGAGGAUAAUAUGUUGUCAUAUGGACACUAUUUUGAAUUCAAUGUCCGUUUUAAACAUCACUGAUCAUUGGAAUAAAAUAUAAUAUGAUACAACAAUGUCAUUCUAUAAUUUAACAAUAAUGAUAAUGGUGAUAUUUUUAAACCACACGUCAUUAUUAAACUGUUAACAUGGUUUUCUCAACAGAUGUUACCGGCAGGGCAAGAUUAGCUGAUUUUGGUAUAAGUCGACAAUGGACCCCGGGACAAACAACUGUAAACACAAGAAGUGCCGGAACAAAAUGCUGGAUGGCCAGGGAAACUUUGGAUGAAGACAGCGAUAUCAGAUAUAAGCGGAGCACUGAUAUUCAGGUUUGUGUAAUGAAAAUAGGUAACCAUAUCUUGGUUUCCAUAAUGUUUUUCUUCUAAUUGGUCAAACGCUUACUGUCAUUUUCAGGUGGUUGGGAUGCUGACAUAUUACAUCCUCUCUGGUGGACACCACCCCUUUGGCAGAGGUCCUCGAUGUGAGGGCAACAUUCUAGAUGGGAAGUACAAUUUGGAUCACGUUGUAGAUGACGUUGCAAAGGACCUCAUUGAGUGGAUGAUCAACAAAGACCCCAAAAAGAGAUCUACUGUGGAGGAGACCUUGGAUCACCCCUACUUCUGGGAUGAGGAGAAGUAAGAAGAACUGCUAAUACUAGUCAAUCAAAAGUUUGAGUUAAAUGGGCAAUCUGGGAUUCAUCCGGCCCUUUUUUUGGUAAACAGCUGAGGGAUGCAGCUGGAGAAAUAUAGCCACUCUUACAUUUCUAGAUGGAGCUAUGGCUGCAAAUACUGACCAUCCAUGAGAUAACUUAUCACACAGAUAAAAAUGGAUAACUUGUUAAGAUGCUUGUUAGGAUGCUUUAGCUUGAGCACAAGAAGAGCCAAUGCCCAAGUAUAUAAAAUGUGCUACAUGUAUAUAUUGACUAGACAUUUUCUACUGUACAUUGUUGUCUUUCAGGAGAGUUGAGUACUUGAGAAGAAUUGGGAAUGAGAAGGAGGUCGGGAAGUAUCGUGAUGCUGACCCACAGCUUCUAGAAGCUCUGGAACAAAGUGCUAUGGAGAGAACCUUCUGUCAGUGGAGAUCCAAGGUGAACCAGAUGUCAUUUUAUGAAAUUGAUACUGAACAAAAAUAUAAACGCAACAUUCAACAAUUUUAUUGAUUUUACUGAGUUACAUUUCAUAUGAGGAAAUCAAUCAACUGAAAUAAAUUCAUUAGGCCCUAACCUAUGGAUUUCACAUGACUGGGAAUACACACAAAAAAUGGGCCUCAGGCUCUUGUCACAGUAUUGUUGUGCAUUCAAAUUCAAAUGCAAUUGUAUUCGUUGUCCGUAGCUUAUGCCUGCCCAUACCAUUACUCCACCGCCAUCAUGGGGCACUCAGCAAACCGCUCGCCCACACGACGCCAUACACGUGGUCUGCGGUUGUGAGGCCUGUUGGACAUAUUGCCAAAUUCUCUAAAACAAUGUUGGAGGCGGCUUAUGGUAGAGAAAUUAACAUUACAUUCUCUGGCAACAGCUCUGGUGGACAUUCCUGCAGUCAGAAUACCAAUUGCACACUCCCUCAACUUGAGACAUCUGUGGCAUUGUGUUGUGUGACAAAACUGCACAUCUUAGAGGGGCCUCUUAUUGUCCCCAGCACAAGGUGCACCUGUGUAAUGAUCAUGCUGUUUAGUCAUCUUCUUGCGAUGCCACACCUGUCAGGUGGAUGGAUUAUCUUGGCAAAGGAGAAAUGCUGACUAACAGGUAUGUAAACACAUUUCUGCACAAAAUUAUAGAGAAAUAAGGUUUUUGUGUGUAUCGAACAUUUCUGGGAUCUUUUAUUUCAGCUCGUGAAACAUGGGACCAAAGCUUUACAUGUUGCGUUUAUAUUUUACUUCAGUGUACUUACCUGUACAUGUACACUGAGUGUAAAAAAACAUUAUGAACACCUGCAUUACAUAGACUGACCAGGUGAAUCCUGGUCAAAGCUAUGAUCCCUUAUUGAUGUCACUUGUUAAAUCCAAUUCAAACAGUGUAGAUGAAGGGGAGGAGACAGGUUAAAGAAGGAUUUUUAAGCCUUGAGACAAUUGAGACAUGGAUUGUGUAUGUGUGCAUUCAGAGGGUGAAUGGGCAAGACAAAAUAUUUAAGUGUCUUUGAACAGGGUAUUUUAGUAGGUGCCAGACAACGGUUUAUGUCAAGAACUGCAACGCUGCUGGGUUUUUCAUGCUCAACAGUUUCCUAUGUGUAUCAAGAAUGGUCCGCAACCCAAAGGACAUCCAUCCAACUUGACACUGUGGGACGCUUUCCACACCUUGUUGUUUUGUGUUCACAGUUGCCGUCUGAUUUGAUGAAUAAGAUGGAUGGCAAAAAGCCCUACCCUGAGAACAUGUUGGGGUUACUAUGCUUCAUACGCAACCUACAUGAGCACUAGUAAGUAAGACUCAUGUUUUUCCCAGUACUCAAAGUUUUCAGUCUCUUACCAUUUGAAGGUGGCUGAGUGUUUGUUUCUCCUUCUGCAGCGCUGAGGAUUUAGAAUCUGUUGACCUGAUGAAGAUGUUCCCUGAUCUCUUUGGAUGCGUUUACAUGUUAGCCAAGAAACAGGGCUGGAAUUCAAGGCCUGGUCUGAAAAACAUGUUUCAGAGAGAUCUAAGCUCAUGAUUCUGAAAUGUAAACUAUAUGUAAUUUGGACUGAUGAAAUAUGAACUAUUGUCAUACUUUUGACUCUUUAUAGGUAGAGCCAGUGAUCUCAACUGUCUCAAGGACAUUUUAUAUUCUAUAUUUUCACUGAUAGAUCUAAUAUCCAUAUGAUUUUUACAAAUCAAGAUGAUUAUACAUGAUUAUAGCAUACCUAUCAUGGGGGAUUUGAAUGUAAAAGAUAACCUUGUGAAAUCCUCAUAAGGCUAUUUGUUUACUUGUUUCAGUUUACUUAUUACACAAAGCAUUGAUAUGAUAGCAAUGACUUUUCAACUUUAUUGUUCACUACAGUAGUUUUUUUAUACUGUCUUUAUUAAAGGUAUCUAGUUGGUUUUGUCCAGUGUUGUCUACUUUUAGUUUUACAUUUCAACACAGCUGGGUAGACAACAUAAAUUCAUGGUUGUUGUUAUUUGAAGGUUUACAGGAAUUGUAAUAAUAUUAAUUAUCUGUGAGAUUUUUUAGGGAUGUCUGGAUCAAAGUAUUUACAUUCUAUCGUUAUUUUUAUAUCUGUGUUUUGCUUGAUAUGAAAAU